GCGCUGGCACCGCUGUGACGUCAGGACACGGCCUCUUCCUGGCUUCCACUCGCUGGUUGCCUCGGUGACCGGCUCUAGAGCUGGCCCGGGGCCCGGUAGCGGGUUCUCCUAGCCAUGGGGACGAGCAAUGGCAGCAAGAGCCUGACCCCGGGGCCGUCCCCGCCCGACCCCAGUCCCACUGCUCCGGGCUGCGGGAAUGGGGCAAUGAUGGGCUCUUUCGGGAUCUUCUUGCAAGGCCUGCUGGCUGUGAUGGCUUUCAGCAUCCUCAUGUUAAAACGCCUUCGAGAACCAAAGCAUGAAAGACGUCCUUGGAAAAUAUGGUUUUUGGACACAUCCAAGCAAGCUAUAGGGAUGCUGUUUAUCCAUUUUGCAAACGUCUACUUGUCGGACCUUACCGGGGAAGAUCCUUGCUCUAUAUAUCUGAUUAAUUUCCUGCUGGACGCUACAUUGGGAAUGUUGCUCAUUUAUAUCGGGGUUCGAGUAGUGAGUUGCAUCGUGGAGUGGAGGCAGUGGGAGUCCUUGCGAUUUGGCGAAUAUGGUGAACCUAUGCAGUGCAAAGCCUGGGUUGGUCAGUGUGCUCUCUACAUUGUCAUCAUGAUGUUUGAGAAAGCAGCCAUCAUCCUUGUGCUGCUCAUACCACAUCUCAAAGAGGUUGCCAAGGUAAAACCUAUAAAAAACCCUCAGCUGGAACUUGCAACUGUCAUGCUGAUUGUCCCGUUCUUUGUUAAUGCAUUAAUGUUUUGGGUUGUGGACAAUUUUCUAAUGAAGAAAGGCAAGACAAAAGCCAAGACGGAAGAAAGGGAGGGCAGCCCUGACUCUCGGAAUGGCACCACAGUCCGGUAUCGGCGUACUGCUUCAUAUGAUGAAUCAGAAUCAGAAAUUCUCAUCUCAGCAGAUGAUGAAAUGGAAGAGUCAGAGGGGGAGGAUGAUUUGCGCAGGCUCACUAAUUCCAAGCCGGUUAAGAAAAAGAAGCAUCGCUUUGGCCUUCCUGUAUGACGCGGUUUCUCGGGAGAACAAAGGCUCCAGUAAGCUGAGGCCUGCAAGAGGAAUAGCGUUUGGCUGUUUGUCAUUUAGCCUCUACCUCUACUGUCCAGUUAACAUGGAAGAUGGGAAAGGAUCUCUCCUUUGAGGGCACAAAGGAAAAGGGCACGGGAGGGUUCCUUUGCACUACAGGCUGCUGCUUACGCACAUACCUUCAAGCAGGUGCAAUAAAGAACAACCUAAGUUCACCUGCUGCUCUGUGGAUAGUGGAAGUCAGAGAAGGUCCCUCACCAAAUCAGCAGUCAUACAAAUAGUUCUGUUUCUGCGGUUCUGCUCAGCUCUGAGAAGACUUUGAUGAUUUCUGGCUAUUUCCCCCCUGGAAGUGUCUUCUUUUCUACCUUACUUUGCUCUAAUUGUGUCCCAUUCAGCUCCUAUGGCCUCUCUCAGCUGUGUACAUUGGAUGGGAUGUUCUCAUUAACUUAACACGGGCAAGGUCAGCACUGGCCUCUCUACUAACCUAUACUACUUGACCGACUUUGGCAAGUAUCACUACCACACACCAGCCCGACAGAGAAUGUGAAACUACUCACUUGGGAUUUCAUCUGGGAGUGUAGCCUGUUGCGGGUGCUGUGAAGCUGUGCAAAACACUCGAGUUUACAGAAGUCUCAUUUCUAUGCAUUCAUAUGUCCUAUAUUUAUCUGUAGCUACUCUUAACCACUUGCUCCACAGCUAUACGGUAUAACAUUCUUUCAACUCCUGAUACUCCCAGGUUCCAAGAUUAUUUCAUGCCUUGCAUAAUGAGUAUAAAUGACCAUACUUUAUCUAUGCUAUGCUCCUGGGCUGAUGCUUGUAAAUGAUACAGUACUGGAAAUGACAGAUUCCACCAGAACUGAUAUGUAGGACAUAACCUAUAGCUGCAGCCCAGUGCUGCCAUUAAGUUUAAAAACCCUUCCUUACUCAGGGAGAACUGUUUUUCUUUCUUCCCUCACUGACAGCUCUGAUGUUCUAAGUCUCACAAUCUCAUACUUAGUCACAGAGCUGACUCUCUCUAGGACUGAGGCUGCACCUAUGGAUUUAAAAGCCAGUUUGACCCAGAGCUUGGAGCAGACCAUGAAAGAAGUGGCAAGAUAAAUGAAGAGGAAGAAGUGUGCAUCUCUAAAGCUCUUGCUGCCAGACUGUUUGGCGCUACCAAAACAUUUGCCCUUCUGCCAUCUUUAGGAAAGACUCUGCCUUAACAUUAUUCUAUUCCUUACAGAUGACUUGGGGGUUCAGUCAUUCCUUAAUCCUUUUGCUUCCAGAAAGAACUACAGUUUUGCUGCACAACUAACUGUGGUCCUCGCUGGAAGCAAAAGGUGCAAAAUAGAUUUAAUACCCCCAGUCACCCUGUUUUUGUUUUUUUGCACCUUUAAUUUAUAUUUUCAUAUUUUAAAAGCUAUUUUCUGCAAAAGGUCAAAAAAGGUGAUAAUUUUUAUUUUAUUGGUAUUAUGUACAUAACAGAAAUGACUUUCCUACUGACGGCACAAUAUCUACAAUAUCUUUUUUUAUUAUUAUUUUCCAGUGUAUGUGUCUGCAGGACUGUAUGCUUUAUUUUGGGUUUGGUACUAUGGGAGAAAUCCUCAUGUAAAGGGAUAUAUUCUGCAUUAUUUUGUAUUGCUGGUUAUUCAGCAGAGGUCUGUUACUUUUUUUGUUUUGCUUGGUAACCCCUUAACUGCCAGAGCAACCUGCAUUUUAUUAAUCUGUUACCUUACAAAUGAUUGCAGGCGCUUCAUCGCUGAAACAAUUGACAAUUAUUGUAAUACGUUACACUGAUAAGUGCUUUCCCUUUUUAUAACAAGUGUAUGCCAGAUUGAUGCACUUUUUAUUGACUUGUGAAUGGGGUCGGGAGGGAUCAGCAAUGGUUAUUGCUUUGGUUUCUUCUCUAUAAAUACAAGUUUUCAAGAGGUGA